CUGCAGCUCCUCAGUGGGGUGGGGAGGGGACACAGGGGACACUGGGCAUGGCCCCCAACCCUUGAGACCCUAGACACGUGUCCCUUUCUCUCUCUGCCACAGCUCCAGCAAGGACAAGAGCAAGGCCAUGCUGCAGCAGAAAUACGUGAGGUGCUCGGUGAGGGCACAGAUCCGACACCUGCGGAGGGUCCUGUGCCACCGCCUGGGGCUGUCCCUGCAGCACGUGCAGAUCCUGUUUGACAACGAGCCCCUCCCCGACCACAUGACAAUGAAGCAGCUCUGGCUCUCACGCUGGUUUGGCAAGCCUGCGCCCCUCCUGCUGCACUACAGCAUCAAGGACAAGAGGAGGUAGGGGCAGGGGGUGGGCACUGCCCCCCAGUGCAGCCCUGCUCCUGCCCCCCACCCCCAUAACUUAUACCCCUCUUCGAAUUUAUUUUUGGAAUAAAAUUGUGGAAAAGCCCC